CCCCACAUAGAAAAUGUAAACUUCCUGUCAGAGUCGGAUCACAAGACGUUGAGGACAUGGCGAGCGACACUUGGUUAGCUGAGUAUGAUGCAUGUGCAAGGCUUGGGCAAACUCUUAUGGAAAACAUAACGGAGAGGAACAAACACAGCAGGACCAGUUCACAGUACACCAAGCUUUCAGCACAUAUACGAGUGUCUAUGAAGCAGUUCACUCAGUCAUUAAACAAGCUGAAGCAGAAUCUUGUCAGAGCCUCAUCCUCAUAUCAUAUAACGCAGAGAGAAGUUGAACGUAGACAAAUGAUGAUGGACAAUCUAACGACAAAGGAGAAACAGAUAGACCAGGCUUUUAAGAAUGAGGCCAGUGCAUCCAGGUCAUCAUUGAUGGGUGGUGGUGCCAGUGGAUUUGGAGGGAGGGAUCCAUGGGGAGUGAGAGAUGAACCAGAGGAAUAUGAAGGAAUGGACAAUCAGGGAAUAGCACAGCAACAGCAAACUAUCAUACAAGAACAAGAUAGAGGGUUGGAGUCUCUCUCUAAAGUAAUCUCAAGACAAAAACAGAUGGCCAUAGACAUUGGAAAUGAAGUGGACAGUCAGAAUGACUUGAUUGAUGACAUUGGGGAUCAUAUGGACCAGACCAAAACACGCCUCAUUAAGGAGACCAGACACAUACGUAUAGUGGACAGGAAGUCAGCUACAUGUGCCUACUGGGUGGCCAUAAUCCUGAUUUUCAUAGCUAUCAUAGUCAUUUUGAUAGUACCUUACAAUGGGAAAGGAGUGUAGCAACCACAAAAUUACAAAAAAAAAAGAAAAGAAAUGAAGACAGUAGUUCUGGAGUAAGCCAAAGUGGUGCAUUUUCUGAACAGGAAAAAAUACCUAGACACAAAUUACUUGUACAUGUCUAAGAAAGUGCUCUAACUGUGAUAAUGUGGAUUGAAUAGUGCAAUCACAAUGAGUGAUCCCAGAGUGCAUUUGUGGUCUAGUUUUGUAAUUAUUGUUUUCACUAAUCUAUUUUUUCUUUGUUUCAUUCCCAGAGUAUAGUGACUAUUACUGAUUCUAGGAUAUAAUUAUAUCAAGUUAAAAUUAGGUUCAUUUUGUUGUUAUCUUCAUUGUAUAUGAUUGAAAGUACAUGUACAAAUGUAAAAUUUGCCUGCAAAAAGCACCUUGGAAUAUAAUUGGAGUAUGUGUAUUUGUUUUAACAAGUAAUGGUAUGUUAAACUUAAUGAUUUAAACAUAUAUGUAUGUAUAUGCAUACAUAUAUGGAAAGAGAUUUUUCUUUAAUAAUCAUCAAAGUCCCUCAAUCAGUAGAAAGUUGUAUUCAAUUUUAUUUUUAUCGAUAUAUUACAGGGGGAGGGGGUGUUCUCUUCAGAAUGA